AUGACCUCUGACUCUUCUCCCACACACUGUUCUGCUGAGUCCAGUGCUUCCGGCUGUGCACCUGCUUCAGCCUGUUCCCUGGAAACAGCUUGUCUCUCCAACGACUGUCCUACAUUCAGAUGUCAGACUCCCAGCUUCCUAUCCAGUGCUUGCUUAUCAACCAACUGCCUCACACCAUGCUACUUUGUUGGAAGCUGUGACAGUCCAUGCUUGAUGGGGAACUGUGUGUGGUGUGAGGAUGGGGUGUUCAACAGCAACGAGAAGGAGACGAUGCAGUUCCUGAACGACAGACUCGCCAGCUACCUGGAGAAGGUCCGCAGCCUGGAGGAGACCAACGCCGAGCUGGAGCGCAAGAUCCAAGAACAAUGUGCAGGGGACACCCCUUUGGUGUGUCCUGACUGUCAGUGCUACUUCAACACCAUUGAAGACCUCCAGCAAAAGAUCUUGUGCACGAAGGCAGGGAACUCCAGACUUGCUGUACAGAUAGACAACUGCAAAUUGGCUGCUGAAGACUUCAGGUCAAAGUAUGACAGUGAACUGUCCCUGCGCCAGCUGGUGGAGAACGAUAUUAGUGGCCUGCGCGGCAUCCUGGGUGAGCUGACCCUGUGCAAAUCCGACCUGGAAGCCCACGUAGAGUCCCUGAAGGAUGAUCUCCUUUGCCUGAAGAAAAGCCACGAAGAGGAGGUCAGCUUGCUCCGUGGUCAGCUUGGGGACAGACUCAGUGUAGAACUGGACACUGCCCCCACCAUCGACCUCAACCAGGUCCUGGAUGAGAUGCGUUGUCAGUACGAAACGGUGCUGGCCAACAACCGCAGGGACGUUGAGGAGUGGUUCGCGGCUCAGACAGAGGAGCUCAAUCAGCAGCAACAGUCCAGUGCACAGCAGCUGCAGGGCUGCCAGGCGGAGAUGCUAGAGCUGAAACGCACAGCCAACACGCUGGAGAUCGAGCUCCAGGCACAGCAAAGCCUGAUAGAAUCCCUGGAAUGUACCGUAGUGGAAACUGAGGCCCAGUACAGCACCCAGCUGGCCCAGAUGCAGUGCCUGAUUGAUAACGUGGAGAACCAGCUGGCUGAGAUCCGCUGCGACCUGGAGCGGCAGAACCAGGAGUACCAGGUGCUGCUGGACACCAAGGCCCGGCUGGAGUCGGAGAUCAACACGUACCGGGGCCUGCUGGAGAGCGAGGACUGCAGGUGA